UGGUUUCAAAUUGUAUCAUGGAGAUUCUACACACAUGGAUAUGUUUCGGACUACUUGGGUUUAUUCAAUCAUUGCUGUUGAAUCGUAAUAUUUGUGAUGAUAUCAUGUAUGUAGACUGUAAGACAGAAGCCUUACCAGGAAAUAAACUAUAUCGAGAUAACAAUAGAAACAUCUACGACAACUUUUGUACAUACAGUCAAGCAAAGUGUAGAGACAGUUCUAUUGAUCUAGAGGCAGUUUGUACUUGUGUUCAUCCUAUGAUUCAAUCUCCAGUUACUCCUGUAUCCCAGAUAAGAUCGUCACAAAAGUUUUUUACGACUAUGGCUGCCGCUUCGUCACAUUUAGUAUCAUCAACAGUAAAACCUACAAUGGGUCCACUAACAGUUAAGCCAACAAUGGGUCCACUAACAGUUAAAUCAACAAUGAGUCCACUAACAGUUAAAUCAACAAUGGGUCCACUAACAGUUAAAUCAACAAUGGAUCCAUUAACAGUGAAAUCAACAGUGGUUCCACUUACAGUGAAAUCAACAAUGGGUCCAACAACAGUUAAGCCAACAGUGGGUCCACUAACAGUUAAAUCAACAAUGGGUCCAGUAACAGUGAAACCAACAAUGGAUCCACUAACAGUUAAACCAACAAAGGGUCCACUAACAGUGAAAUCAACAAUGGGUCUUCUAACAGUGCAAUCAACAAUGGGUCCAUUAACAGUGAAAUCAACAAUGGGCACAACAACUGUUAAGCCAACAAUGGGUCCACUAACAGUGAAAUCAACAAUGGGUCCAACAACAGUUAAACUAACCAUGGGUCCUCCAACUCAAAGUGUAACAACACCGGAUGCGAUAAUUUCUGUAUUUUGCCAAAAUAGUGGUGUCAUUAAUUGUUCAAGCGACCAGGAACAUAUGUGUGGAUCUGAUAACACAACGUACAAAAACAGAUGCGAGUUUACCAAGGCUCAGUGUGUCAAUCCGAAUCUUUCGAUCGUUCGGGAAGGAGAUUGUUGACAUAAAUGUAAUAUACGAGGUUUAUAUAUUCUAC